UAACAAAAGAGGAUAUCAGCCUUUACAUUUAAGCUAAGUCUAUUUUUACCGAGUAGUUCGAACCCUCUAAAUUUAGUCUAAAUUACUAUCAAUCUACUGAGAUAGGUGGUACGAAGCAGAGUUUCAAGUAGAACCUCAACAUCUACUUCUUUGCUAAGUUGGAAGCUGAAGCUAUUGAUCAUAAUCCCUGCCUUGGAAAAUUUUAGAUAUAUCAAAAUCACCUCUUAUUUUAGUGACGGUUUGCCAUAAAAUUUUCCCCUUGUUUUCAGAUGAGAUUAGGGUUUAAGUUCUGGGUCAACAAGUGCGGGUACGAAUAUAAUCUGUGUUGGAUCAGAUUCCAGUAAAGAUACAAAGAUAAUUUGUUUUGGAUCAGGUUCCAGCAAAACCAUUUGGUGUACAGAACUAUAUCUGGUAUUGUAUUGUAGGCAUACUAAGUAGUUUUGUUUCAAGAUUUCAGAUACAGAGGACCAAAUGCCGGAGGAGAAAAGCUUUUUUCAAUGGACUGUGUUACUACUGAACUGUGGGGCCUUAUCGAUUGGCACGACUGCAGGGCCAAUGCUGGUGAAAUAUUAUUUAGGACCUGCAGAGGGAAAGCGCACUUGGCUCGCUACCCUCUCACAGACAGGGGGAUGGCCUCUUUGCAUUGUGCCCAUCUGGAUUUCAUCAGCAUACAAGAAAAGGAAGGGUUACCCAGAGAAUCAUGUCAGUCUAAGGCUUAGCCUUGCUUCCAUUAUUUUAGGUCUUUUCACAGGCUUGGACAAUUUCAUGUAUGCUUGGGGCCUCAAUUACCUUCCUCUCUCAACCUCUACUUUGGUGACUGCCACUCAAUUAGCGUUCAAUUCAAUAUUUGCUUAUCUGGUAGUUGGGCAGAAGUUCACUUCUUUUUCAAUCAAUGCUGUGAUUCUGCUGAGCUUGGGUGCUGUUAUGCUUUCUUUCAAUACCAGGAGUGACAUACCAGAGGGAGUCCAACAUGGGCAGUAUGUGCUAGGGUUUCUUGUUACACUGGGUUCAGCUGGCCUGUAUGGAUUAAUUCUUCCCCUUAUUGAGCUCGCAUAUAGGGAAACCUCAAGGCAAAUAACCUAUGCUCUGGUUAUGGAGAUGCAACUCAUUAUGUCCUUCUCUGCAACUGUCUUAUGUCUGGUGGGUAUGAUAGCUAACCAUGAUUUCAUGGCUAUUGGAAGAGAGGCCAAGGCAUCCCCAGUGGGUGAGGUUGUUUACUAUGUUAGUAUUGUAGCUAAUGGAAUCUGCUGGCAGCUUUUCUUCAUUGGGGUGUUUGGUGUCAUCUUUCUAGCAAAUUCUUUGUUAAGUGGUAUCAUCAUAGCUUUCUAUAUUCCCAUCAACCAACUGGUGGCUGUAGUUUUGUAUCAGGAGAAUUUUACUCCAGAGAAAGCAAUGGCUGUGGUACUUGCUCUUUGGGGUUUUGCCUCAUAUUUAUAUGGGGAGUAUAGAAUUUUCAAAAAAUUAGAGAACCAGGAAGAUUAUGAUUCUGAAAGUUCACAUGAAGACAUACAAUCAUCGAACCAAGAAGACCAUGAAUCCUCAAGCAUUGCUGAAGACUAUGAAUCUGCAAGCUUGGAUUAUCCCAAGGAUAUAGAAAUUUCUAUUUAAGCGGCAAAACUCCAGGCCUAGGAGCUUUUUAUUUAAGCGAAUGAGAUCAAAUUAGUCUAUGGGACUCAUAAGUAGAGACAAAACAACAAAUUUAUAAGAUUUCUCUUCUUUUAAUGCAACUAAAUAUAAGAUCAUGAACUCGCAAAUCUUCUGAUUUAACAUUUGACUCUAUACUUCAGAUUAGAUAACCUCCUUCUUAGGUAGACAUUCUUGACAUUAUCAAAUGUGAUUGAUGUCCAAGAACUAAAUCCAUAAGAGAUUUAAAAAAUAUAAUAUCUGUCCAUAUCAAGUCAACAAUUUGAGAGAAGAAUACUUAUUACUUAGGGUUUCUAUUUGAUAUAUAGACUACUUUCAAGUUUAG